CCUUCCACCAGGCAGAAACAGGAGCGGAUCGAUUCCCUCCCCUUCGGAUCUGCCCAUGUACGUGGCAGCUUGCAAGUCUCACUUUGCAUUUUGCAACCUCAAAACCAAGUUCCAGCUCCUCCUCAAUCCACAAUGGUCAAGUACGUGCUUACGGGUAUCGGCGGUAACAUCGGCGGCCACGCCGCUGACUACGCCGUCGAAAUCAAGAAGCCCGAAGACGUUCUGGUGCUCACCAGCUCGGACGUCUCCAAGCUCAACCCCCAGCGUGUCGCGGCCUGGAAGGCCAAGGGCGCUAUCGUCGAGCAGGCCGACUACCUUGACUUGGACAGCCUCAAGAAGGUGUUCGAGGGCGCUGACACCAUUGCCUUCAUCUCCACGUGGCUCCUUGGGGACGGUCGCCGUGGCCAGAUGAAGAACUGCAUCAAGGCCGCCAAGGAGACCGGCGUCAAGCGCGUGUGCUACACGUCGUUCGUGGGCGCUGGCUCGGAUAAGCCCAACGAGGAGCUGCCGUUCCUGCCCCAGGACCACCAGUUCACGGAGCAGCAGAUCUACGCUUCGGGCCUGGACUACAACAUCCAGCGCAACUACCUGUACCAGGACAACACGCCUCGCUUCUUCGCUCAGUCGUGGCACUUCACUGAGGACCGUUGGCUCUCGAACAGCCACGACACCCCUGGCGCGUACGUCGCCAUCUCGGACUGUGGCCGCGUGUUCGCUGCUCUGCUGCUCGGCAAGCAGGAGAAGAACACCGUUGUGGAAGUGACUGGCCCUGAGGCUGUCACUGACCGCGAGAUGUUCGAGUGGAUGAACAACAUCAGUGGCUACAAGGCCGAAUUCGUUGACAUGCCGGAUGAGGAGCUGCGUGCUUACUGGCUUGGCCGUGGUCUGCCCACUGACGUGUAUGGCGACUUCUCCAAGCUCCCCAUGAAGCUGUGCAUCGGCGAUCUGUUGUGCUGCGGUGAGAUGCUGGCCAACGGCUCCAUGAGCAAGGUGACGGACACGGUUGAGCGUCUGACCGGCCGCAAGCCGCUCGGCUACAAGGAGAACCUGCUCCAGUACAAGGAAAUCUUCCCCAAGAACCAGUAAGUCGUGCCGUUAGAUUAGUGCAGUAACAGCGACCAACACCGUAACGCGUGCUGUAUACACAUAAUGAAGUGUGUUUAAAGUGUAUUUUUAGAGUUCACGACAUUUGAUAUCAUUCAAAGUGCUUUAGAGUG